AUGUUCAAAGCUCUUCGAUUUCUCUGCUUUGCAGCUCACCAAGAUUCCAACCCUUCCAAACCUUCGAUAUCUACAGAUAACACACACAAUAUCCCGCGCUUAAGAUCCAUUCGCAGAGCAAGAACAUACUGUGCCAGUGUCCCUUGCGUGGUGCGAGAGAGAGCACUUUCUCGAGAGAAGAGUGUAUCUAGACCAGCACCAAAUCGUCCUCUAACUCCUCCCGCUCCAUUAACCGAUACUAUCAGCACUUGUUCUUCCACAUUCGUAUCUGAUGCAGAUUCGCAUAUUACUACCUCUUCAGUGACCACUGAGAGUGCUUCCCACCAUCCGGGCCCACUUGCCAAACUGCCUGGCACUAUACCAUCUCAGGAUAGCGACUUACCGUAUAUUUCAAUCCUGCAGGCAGAUGGAACUCUCAGACCACCACCAAUCACAUACGAUGGCUAUGGCCCUUAUGGGGGCCGGUUCGCACCUGAAUCCAUCAUAGGUUUCCUCGCAGAUCUGACCUCAUUCUUCGAGACUACAGUCUCAGACCCCUCAUUCUGGUCUGAAUUCGCCACAUACCAGCGUGCCCAGCCCACUUCUCUGCAGCUAGCUUCCAAGCUCACAUCCUGGGCAGGCGGUGCAAAUAUCUGGUUAAAGCGCGAAGAUCAAAAUGAAUACGGAACUCACAAAUCACGCACUAUCAUCGGCCAACUUCUACUCGCUCGUCGUAUGGGCUUCACAGAAAUAGUAACCGACUGUGCAGCUGCCAAGCAUGGUAAUUUUACUGCUGCCAUGUGCGCGCGUAUGGGUCUCCGCUGCGUGGUCCUCAUGGGCGCCGACGACGCCUUAGCCCAGGAAGAAGAUGUUCUCGAAAUGAGAAUGCUCGGGGCUAAGGUCUUGACUGCACGAACCCCCUCUAGUAUGGGUUCGCUGCGAGCUGCAACUACUGAAGCCCUCCGCUAUUCAGUAUGCAACUACGAGUCUGCUUACUACCUCAUGGGAGGACCGGUGGGUCCUUCUCCUCUCCCAACCCUGACGCGCACGUUCCAGGCUCUUCUAGGUGAGGAGGUUGCGGUCCAGAUGCACGAGGCGGCUGGUUGUGGUCCUGAUGCUGUCGUCACUGCCGUUGGUAGCGGGAAUGGCGCCGUGGGAUUAUUCAGGCCCUUUCUUCGGGAUCCCUCUAUUAGGUUGAUUGGUGUACAGGCUGCCCAGGCCGCUGUUUUAUUGGAUGGGGAGGUCGGUGUGCUUCAGGGGGCGCGCACAUUGAUGCUUCAGAGUGAAGAUGGUCAAAUCCUUGAUUCGCAUUCUAUCUCGCCGGACCUCAAUCUCUCUACUGUGGGCCCUGAGGUGGCUCAUUGGAAGGAUUGUGGUCGUGUUGACAUUCGAACGGCUACUGAUGCGGAUGCCCUGGAUGGGUUCAAAAUCUUGCAGCACCACGAGGGUAUCCUGCCUGGUCUGGAUUCGAGUCACGCGGUAGGAAUAGCCAUUGAUCUUGCGAAGGAACUUGGGGCUGGCAAGAAUGUUGUUCUGUUGGUUACGGGCUGUGAUUCGAUUGGUCCUCGUGGAUUGGAUGUUUGA